AUGCCGCAUAUGCAACCUGGACAGCGUGCUUCAGCAGCAUCUGCUAGUGCUACUCAGCGCACCACUCCUUCAUCGAAGCCCCAGAUGCCCUUUUCCCCCAAAAUCAUCCAUGUGCAACUCACGGAGCGUGACAUUCCACUUUCAGAGAAGCAACUCACAAGCUGGAAAAUUUUCUGGGAUCUUCCUCUUGGUCUCCUCACACACGAACGAUGGAGACAACGCACAGCCUACAGAUUGAUCAAACCUGAAAACCCCCUACAUGGGCCAUGGAACGAUUCAACUCCCGAAUUGGACCUUUCCUCCUACGAGACAUUCGGAACCAAAGAGGCGGCGAAAGAGAGAACACAGGCUGCCAUAAAGAUACUCACAUCACUGGGAUUUGUCGAUGUCACGAGCCCUGGCAUGAGCAGCAUUUCGAUGAAAUGGGGCUACCCGAACCGUGAGCUGUUGAACAGAACGAUGCCAGGUAUGGUGAAGGGACUUGGGAUAAAUUGGGACGAUGUUGGCAUUCCAGAUGUUCGUUGGCUCGGGUACAUCCAGUGGUAA